UGUCACCUCUGUAGUACCGCCUCUUUCUGCAGCGAGAUUGUUUUGAGCUCUGUUGAUUAUGCUGCUAGCUAUAUAGCUAGCAAGCAGCUAGAUUCCAAACAUUAAGUUGUGAGAGGGACAGGCACUUUUGAAAAUGUCCAAAUUACAGCAGGAGCACAGGAAGGAUCUAAGGUCAACCUGGUGAAAGUGUUGACUGGUACCUAACAGACAGGCAACUGUUGGAAAGGAUGCCAGAGAUGACUGAUACUGAGACAGCUGGUCGCAAACCAAAAAAGAAGAAAAACAAAGAAUCUCACAAUGCAGUUGAGAGACACAGAAAAGAGAAGAUAAAUGCUGGAAUCAAUCGCAUUGGUAAUCUUUUGCCUUGCUCACAAGCACUUAAACAGAGUAAGAAUAUGAUUCUGGACCAGGCCUUUCGCUACAUCACUGAGUUGAAGAAACAGAAUGAUGCAAUGCUGCUGGAGGGCGGCGACAAAGUCCAAGCGGAGGAAAUCCGACGACUGCGGCGUCAGCUGGAGGAGCUUCGCAAGGAGAGCGCUCAUUACAUUGAGCUCCUCAAAGCCCACGACAUCAACCUUCUGGAGGACCCCACCGUACACUGGAAGGGGAAGCAGCGCUGUGCCAAGGUGGCAAAAGUGACUCCCACCCAUCAGCUUCCCAAAGGAAUAAUCGUCUAUUCCAAUGGCAAUGUGGCCUCAGGAAAGGAAGCGAGUCCUGGCAAACAACCGUCUGACACUCUUAUUCUUCAACCCCCCUCUGAGGUCAGCACAAGGUUAAGGGUGAAUGGAACCUUGCUGCAAGUUGAACCUUCUUCCACCGCUGCAACUGUCCCACCCUGCCAGUCCACAACGGGCCUUACUGUGGUGGAGCAGAUCCCGGUCGUCCCCUCUUUGCCGCCAUCUGUGUCCUACAUCACACUGCAGCUCCCGACGCAUCCCAACAUGGCUACUUCAGCAUGCCCCGUCCUCACUCAAAGCACGCCUGUGUCCAGCAUCGCCACACCGGUUCAGACCGUCACCACAGCAACAGGCCUGCAGGACCCGACGGCCAGGACUGCAGGUUACACCGCCAUCCGCAACAGUCAAGCCCUCCUUAGGGCGGGAGCCGCCGGUAGCACGCAAACCACAUGGACGACCCUGCAGAUGGCGGGCAACACGGUGCAGCCUGUCUGCCAAAGUCUAGGCAGCACCACCCCGGCUGUCCACCAGGUGACGGUGUGUCCUCCUCCUGUUCAGCCCAUUCAGAUACACAUGCAGCCCCCUGUGCAACAAGCCCCCAUCUCUGCCCACAUUCAAGCCAGAACACCCCAGCUACGACCUGCCAUCCAGACGGUCCUCGCCCCCCAACCUCAAUGUGCCCGGCUGCCGCAGUCGGCCAUCGUACCUCAGCCAGCUGUCGUAGCCCACCCCGCCAUCGUCACUCAGCCCCAGCCUGCUGUGCUCCAGCCUGCUUCGUUAGUUCCCCACCCUCCUGCUGCCCUCCUUCCUCAAGCUCAGCCGGUGGUGCCUCAGCAGCAGUCCGCCGUGGUCCCCCUCCUGCAGACCAUGCAGGUGCUGCAGGUCAACCCCAGCGGGGCAACAGCCUCGGCGCCCCAGAACACCAACAACGCCAGUGUGGUCAUCCUGCAGCAGGCCAAUUCCUGCCCGAGCCAGCCGGCCAUAAGAGAAGAUAAGCCGACGCCCUGUCAGCACAUUGUCAUCAUCCAGGCCCCCAAUCAAGCUUCCCCCCCUCAGAACCCCCAGAUGGGCUUGGUGCCUGCCUCCUUACCUGCGGCGUCCACUCAAACCCCCAGCAGCUCCACAGCAACUGUACAAAGUGUAGGCGGCAAGCAGCUGGUGCACAUUCUGCCACGCCCGGCUCAGCCUACAGUGAGCCACCCUCCACAGCCCAGCCAGGCGGCCACCGGCCCAGGGGUCCAGGCCCCCCCACAGACCAUCACUGUGAAUGGGCAGGUGUUCGCCCUGCAGCCCAUGAAGACACCAGACAAAAACACCUCACAGGGCUGCCAAAGUACAAUCCAACUGGUGCAGCCCACCACCACAGAGGAACCGACGACCAACAGUUUGGGGGCCCUCAGCAGUCUGAACCAGAGCAUCUCUCAGGGCCUUCCACUUACCAUUGCUAGCCAGAGCAACGGUGUCCAACCUCCGGCUGCUACAUCAACAGCGGUCCAACAGCAGCAGUAUGCCGCUCCUCGGGUGGUCCCCGUAAACGCUGUGAAACCGGGACUGGUGCCGAGUGCUCCGAAACCUGCAGGAAAGAGGCUCAGGACUUCUCUCCACACUAAGCGGUCUGCAGCUAAAAGGACCAAAGCACCGAAGAAGAGUGAAGUCAGCCAGGCGAGUGCAGACAUUCCACCCGUGGCCGCCACCUCCAUUACGUUGAGCGGUGACCCCGGAGAAAGUGCCACCUCCACACAGACUGUUUUACCUAGUAAACCUCAGCCACAAAGUGGGGGCUCUGUCGGCGCCACUCAGAGUGACGUCAGUCGGACCGACGCCACUGUGACACAAACCGCAGUAGUCAGCGCAACAUCAGCUAAGCCUCCAGUGAGUAAGGUCGCCAACGAAAAAACAUCUGCAUCUUCAAGCAGCGACUCAGCGGUUGUCGACUCAGGUGUGAAACCACCAGCCACCACCGCAGCAACUCUCACUACGCAAAGCAAGAUGGCGCCCCCUUCUGCUGGGCCUAAACAGAGCAGAUGUGUGGUCACGUCCGCUUGUCCUCCUGCAGUCUGCACCACAGCAGCGUCCAUCACUCAGAACACGGCAACCAGCUCAGCAUCUUGUCCUCAGCGAGGUGACAUCACAGACCCUCUGCCGUGUCAUAAGCCCCCCCCCUCUUCCACAGGCACCGCCCCGUCUUCAUCCGUCAGCUCCAUCACACCCGCAACCACCACUUCAGAGUUGAGGAAAGGAGUCACAUCCACCCGAGUGGAGCAGCCAGAAAUCAAAGUACCUGACCCCCCAGCAAAGACCAGGCAGCUUCAGGAAGAACGACCGGUCACAGCAGCAGAGACCACAUCCGACGCAACGUCGAAGAAAGAAUUUGCACUCCCUCACGGGGUGUACACCAACCUGGACGAGCAAGCGAUGGAGCACCCCGCGAGGACAGACUCUCCCAUGUCCUCGGUGGCAGGGGGGGGCCGAGGUUUCUCAGUGGCCUCCAUGCUCCCCCAGGGUCACAGCAUGAGCGCCUCCUCCACCUCCUUUGGCACCUUUACCUUCACCUCCGAGCAGGCCGAGAUGUUAGCCCUGGCCAUGCUGGAGCAGGAUAGUCCCGGGAGGAGGACUGGAAGCUGUGCCGGGAGCGACACGACACCAAGCAACAACACCGCAUCAACCAACAGCACCGCAGCCGCUUGGGAGACCCCCAAAGCGUCCUCAAGUAAAGACAAAGCGUCCACCGUGCAGCAGGCGAAAGUCAGCAAGCCCGUGGACGCCGUUAAAGCUCCAGUUCAAGGGUCCAUCAGAGGGCAGGCUGGAGAUGUUUCGGUCAGUGGGACGAGUGGAAGCAGACACCCACAGAACCCGACUCAUCACAUGUCAUACUCCCAGCCCCAGUCCCUCCCUCAGGUCCAGACUCAAAGCGGCACCGUGGCCAGCCUCAGCAUCAACAACCUGAUCAGACCCAGCCCUUCCCAGCAGCCCUACCCCGCCUCUCCCAGUCUGGCGGCUCAGCAGGCGGCCUCACCCGCUGCCGCCGCCGCCGCCUCCAUCCACAUAUCUCAAGCCUCCAACAACUCACCCUGCCCCGGUGCGGCCCAGGUCAGCGAGUACACCCCCAUGAAGACGGCCCUACUGAGGGCUCAGGCUGAGCGCCAAGUCAAGAUCAUCUCCAAGCGGCAGGCCCAGGAGGAGGCCAUGCUCAACACGGGGAAGCGAGCCAAGCCUUGCCCCCCGCCGCCGCCCACUGUGGGCCACAUGGAUGUCAAGGCAGACCACAGCCAGAUGAUGGCGGCACAGCUGCCCCCCUCAUCCUCAGCCAUGGCUCGGAUUCAUCCCGAAGGCUCGCUUUUCCCUGCUAACUCGUUCAUGAGUCCGGUAGUCCGAGCCGCCGACGGCCACUGUCCCCCUGAGCAGAACCAAUCUGGAGUACUCCACCUGCCCCAAGUUCAUCCACAGCAUCCUCCACCCCAGCCUGGACAGCACCUGGGUGGGAACAUCUACAUGAAACAGCAGCAGCAGCAGCAGCAGGAGCAACAGAGGCACCAUCUUUACCACCUGCAACACCACCUGACUCAGCCUGACGCCGCACAGCGACACUCACUCCACCAGAGGGCGCUGCAGGAGCAGCAGCAGCAAAAGAAGCGAGGGCUCAUACGAGGCGGGCAGACCGGGUCGCCCGCUGGCAUGCAGCAGAAGCAGCAUCACCUGGAAAAGCAGCAGCAGCAGCAGCACUCGCAUCAGCAACAGGCUGCACAUCAGCAUGCUCAGCAGCAGCAGCAGCAGCAGCAGCAUCCGCCGCAUCCUCAGCAGCAGCAGCACCAAGCAUCUCAUCCUCAGCAGCACCAAGCACAUCAAGCGCAGCACCAACAACACCAUCAACAGCUGCAGCAGAACCCCCACCCCAGACACCAGCAGCAUCUCCAGCAGCAGAUACAACAACACUUCAGACACCAGGAGAAGAGCUGCGACGCCCAGGCUGCUGGAGCCAGAGCCCACCACAGCAACCAUCUGGCCCAGCAGGACCACCUCAAGCAGGGUCAGGACCAUAGCGCCAUGCAGAGGAUGAUGAGUUCAAGGACUCUGGAGCAGCAGCAGCUCAUCUCGCCGCCCAGCAACCCCGUCUCGCGUCCCUCCGAGCUGUCCUGCGUUCCAUCGCGCCAGGAGCGCCACCGCGUGUCCAGCUACUCUGCGGAGGCGCUCAUCGGGAAAAGCUCGACGAGCGGCGAGCAGCAGCAGCGCCUGGCUCUUCACCAGCAGCCGGGCCGCCCCGCAGCCCAGGACCAGAGCGACCUGCGAGCGUACAUGGACACCACGCGAGCCAAGGCCAGCAUGGCGCACAACCCCCAGAACCGCCUCCCCUCGGAGCAGCACCCAGCUGACAUUCAGAGGGUCUCGGAGUGCCCCCCCUUCAAGGCCAUGGCGGCAGGGGGACAUCAGCUCAGCGGCUUUGAGGCGCAAGUUUCACGCAGCAGCGACAUGGCCCCCAAGUCCGGCCCCUCCUCACAGCGGGGACCUCAGGGCCAGCAGCAGGGGACGUUCAGAAUGGGUGUCGGCCCCCCGGCUGACGGCAGGAACCGCUACACUGGCGUCCAUCUUGGCUCUCAGGGCCCACAAGGUGACGCCUGUCACCAGACCUUCAUGCAGAGCCUCCUGUCCCCCCACCUGCCCGAGCACAGCAACCACCAGAGGGCGGCCCAGUGCUGCCCCCCUGUCAGCAUGGAGUACGCCUGCGUGCCUUCGUCAGCGGACAUCCAGGCGGCAAAGACUUCCAGCCCCAGUGGGCCCCCCAGCCAGAAGGCCUCGGCCAUGAGGCUGUCUGAGGGUAACAAAGGUCACAUCUCUCAGGUGAACGCCAGCAUGCACGGGGCCGUACGAGCGGGCGUGGCUCACCCUCCAACGCCUCACAGCAGCUCUGAGCCCGGUCGCCCGGCCGCCCCCUCGAGGCCGCCCCCGGCCAUCAGCCAGCAUUCUCGCCACAUUGCCCGGGACCCUCAGAAUGCCAAACUGAGACCGGGCGAGAGGCCCAGAUCGGGAACUCUACGACCCGCUCACUCCUUUGAGGGUGAGGGCCACCUGCCGGGGGGGGUGCUGCUGGGCCGGCCUCAGCCUCCCCCUGGGGGAGAGGGGAGACGCAGCGCCAUUGUCCGCUUCAUGGCAGACGGCAGUCAGCCGCCCAGUGACAACAACCUGGUGCCUGAACAACACCUGACGCAAAACUUUGGCUUCCCCUUUAUCCCGGAGGGCGGCAUGAACCCCCCGCCGCCCAUCAACGCCAACUCUACCUUCAUCCCGCCGGUUAGUCAGCCCAGUGCUUCCCGCACACCCUCCCUCCUGCCUGUGGAGCCGCCCCAGAACACCUUACCCUCCUUCUACCCGUCCUACUCGCCUGCCGCCCACCCCAGCCUACCCAGUGACGUCACCCUGCAGUACUUCUCCAACCAGAUGUUCACCAGCCCCACGGCCGACAAGGCCAGCGCCCCCCCGCCGCCGCCCCUCAACAACCGCUUCGGCUCCAUCCUGUCGCCGCCGCGUCCGGUGGGCUUCGCUCAGACCAGCUUCCCCCUGUUGCCCGACAUGCCCCCGAUGCCCAUCGCAAACUCAUCGGGCAUCACGCCUCACAUCUCCAACUUCAGCCUCACCUCGCUCUUCCCGGAGAUCGCCACAGGGAUGCCCGCCGACGGCUCCUCCAUGCCCAUGUCGCCUCUGCUGUCCCUCGCCAACGCCUCCUCCGCCGACGCCGGUAAGCAGCCCAACAGGCCCGCCCACAACAUCAGCCACAUCCUGGGACAUGACGGAAGCUCGGCCGUCUGAAGGAGGACAAAGCGUGCAGCGUUUUACGUGACUAACUUAUAUCACACCAUGGAUUUGUAAAUAUACAAUUUUCAUAUCAGAGCUUAGAUUGUGUAUUUGUAAAUACUAAAUAAAGUUUAUAAGAGAACGUUCAAUGCAAACCUUUUUCUGUCCACUGGAGGGAGCCACAGUAAAAUGUAAUAAAGUAAUAUGGACGGAUCUAUCAAUGCAAUAAUGUCCACAAAAUGCAAUCACCAUGAUUAAUGUGGACAUUCACUCA